GUUCUAGAGAUGGACUUGGGCAGGAGGAACCCCCAAGCCAACGCACUCAGCCCUUGUUUUCCCCCCAUCAGGAUUUGUCCUUCCCAAAGCUUGGGCGGAUGGAGGAGGAGGCUGCGAGGAAGAGGAAGAUGCCUUGGGCCCCCCAGGCAGGUGAGGAGGCAGUCAGUGUCCCUUUGGGCGGGUGUUGUGCUGCUCUGUCAGCCGAGCAUGGCCCCGGCUGCAGGACAACCCCGCUGGCGCCGCCGUCCUGCCGGGGCCGGAGUUGGGGGGAUGUCCUUGGCCUUCCCUGUGGGCCGGAGGCAAAUCCCCUGCCUGUCCUUCUUGCUUCCUGCCCCAGGCCCCGAGCUGAGGACGGAGAGCCCGGAGGACAAAUCCCCCCGUGAGACCCUGGUGGGAGAGGCCGUUUUGAAGGGCUCCCCGGCGCAGGAAGGCAGCGGGGAGGAAAAGGGCUGGAGAUCUCCCCGCAGGAGGGGCUCCAAAGCCAUCCCAGGGUGCUCUGAGGAGGAAAGAGCCAGCCUGUGCCGGGAAGGCGACCAGAGCUUGAGGGGGUGCUCUGACCUGGUGGUCCCUGAGCAGCCUCCCAGCAGAGAGAAGCCCUUCAGGUGCUUGGAAUGUGGGAAGAGCUUCAGGCAGAGCUCCCACCUCCUCACCCACCAGCACAUCCACACUGGGGAACGGCCCUACAUGUGUGGGGAAUGUGGGAAGAGCUUCAACCAAAGCUCCAACCUGAUCCGACACCAGGCCAUCCACACUGGGGAACAGCCCUACACGUGUGGGGAAUGUGGGAAGAGCUUCAACUGCAGCUCCAACCUCCUCACCCACCAACGCAUCCACACCGGGGAACGGCCCUACACGUGUGGGAAAUGUGGGAAGAGGUUUCAGAGGAGCUCACAUCUCCUCCUGCAUGAGCGGACACACACGGAUGAGAGGCCCUUCCGCUGCACCGACUGCGGGAAGGGCUUCAAGCAGAAUGCUCACCUCGUCACCCACCAGCGCAUGCACACCAGGGAGAGGCCUGCUAAGGGAAGCCCUGUGAGUGCCCCGACUGCGGGAAGAGCUUCGGCCGUAGGACUGACACACAAAAAAGGUUUCAAAAGGUCUUCAGGAUUUUGAGUAUCUGCACUCCAACAUCAGUUUAUUCUUUUGAAUAUGUGUAACUUUAACCUCAUUUUAGUCUGAAAGCCAAAUUCACCA